GGCUGAGCCUGGCCCUCUGCUCUCCUCCUGUCCCCGUCUGGAGAGGAGAAAUAGCAGCGUCCCUUCGGCAACGUGCGCGCAUUGGAAAAGUAUCCCAACUCACCAAUGACCGCAAAACAAAUACUGGAAGUCAUUCAGAAAGAAGGGCUAAAAGAAACAAGAAAUGGAACUUCUCCAUUAGCUUGCCUGAAUGCAAUGCUUCAUACUAACACUCGCGUAGGUGAUGGAACAUUCUUCAAAAUCCCUGGGAAGUCAGGACUCUACGCUCUCAAAAAAGAAGAAUCAACAUGCCCUACUGAUGGAACAUUGGAUUUAGGAUGUGAAUCUGAGUUAGAUGGCACUGAAAUGGCUGAGACAAACAAUAAUAAUGGAGAAGAAAAUGGUGUUUGCCCAAAGCAGACAUCUGAAGAAUUGUCUUCCAAUCGUGAUUCGAGCCUUACAAAUGCACCAGUGCAAAGCAAGCUAGUAUCUUCCUUCCAGCAGCACACAAAGAAAGCACUUAAGCAGGCUUUAAGACAACAGCAGAAAAGAAGAAAUGGAGUCUCAAUGAUGGUAAACAAGACUGUUCCUCGUGUUGUUUUGACACCAUUAAAGGUGUCUGAUGAGCAGUCGGAUUCACCUUCAGGAUCUGAAUCUAAAAAUGGUGAAGCAGAUGGUUCUGAUAAAGAGAUGAAACAUGGACAAAAGUCUCCAACUGGAAAACAAACAAGCCAGCACUUAAAGAGGUUAAAAAAAUCUGGUUUAGGACAUUUGAAAUGGACCAAAGCUGAGGAUAUUGACAUAGAAACACCAGGAUCUAUUCUAGUGAACACCAACCUGAGGGCUUUAAUAAAUAAACACACCUUCGCUUCUUUACCUCAGCACUUUCAACAAUACCUCCUGCUUUUGCUUCCAGAAGUAGACAGACAGAUGGGAAGUGAUGGAGUUUUGCGCCUCAGUAGUUCUGCUCUAAACAAUGAAUUCUUUGCGUAUGCAGCACAAGGGUGGAAACAACGAUUGGCAGAAGGAGAAUUUACACCAGAAAUGCAGUUGCGUAUCAGACAGGAGAUGGAAAAGGAAAAGAAAACAGAGCCUUGGAAAGAAAAAUUCUUUGAAAGGUUUUAUGGUGAAAAAUUGGGAAUGUCAAGAGGGGAAUCUUUGAAACUCACUACAGUGCAGAACAACAAUGAAGAUGACAGCAAUUCUUUGUGUGGAUCUUCUGGCACACCUGGUCCUUCUAAGCAAGCAACCUUUGAGGAACAUGAACAAAAAGACACUAAAACUCCAGCACUACCAGAAAAAGAUAACGGUCCAUCGCUUUGUGAUAUGGAGCAGGUUCCUGUCAAGAAUCUAGUGGCAGAGACAGAGGAUAUACUGAUACCUGAGGAAUCAAUAAUUCAGGAGGAGGUUGCUGAAGAGGUUGAGACUAGUAUUUGUGAAUGCCAGGAGGAGAACUAUAAAACAGAACAGGAGUUUUCUGAGGAGUCAGAAAGUCCAUCUGGAACAAAUGAAGAAACAGAGGCAGUGGAGCUUCCAGACAACUCUGAGUCCUGUGUCAUGAUGAAUGAUGUAACUGAUACUGCAUCUCACAUUGAAAUGAAAGUGGAGUUGAAGUCAGAAUGCCCUCAGGAGGAGAUGUCUGUUGUGAUAGAUCAGCUGGAGGAUUGUGUAUCACCAGCACGAUCAGCUUCAUCCACAAAUUCUGUCAGUGAUACAGUAGAGAAGGAUUCUGAUUCUGCAAAAGAGCUAAUUGCUCCAGAAAUGCAAAAUGCUGCUCUGGAGGGUUCUUUGUUCACUGGUGGGGGCAUUGCAGUGGAUAUGGAGCUUCAAAGUGACCCUGAGGAACAGUCAUCUGAGAAUGCUUGUAUUUCUGAGACUUCCUUUUCCUCUGGAAGUCCAGAAGGACCAUGUGUUUGUAUUACAUCUCCUGGAGGAGAUACUCAUUCAACUUCAGAGGAACCCUGUACCCCAGCAUCUCUUGAAACAGCUUGUUCAUCUGAAGUGUCCAGUACUGAAAACACUGAUGGUGAUAUUCAGCAAAAGGCCACUGAUGAGAACUUGCAUACACCUUUAAUGUCAGAAAUCUCUCCAAUGUCCACCUCACCUGUAACCUCAGAAGCAUCUCUGAUGUCAAAUUUACCUUUAACAUUAGAGGCGUCGCCAGUUUCUAAUUUACCUUUAACAUCAGAAACAUCUCCAAUGUCUGAUUUACCUAUAACAUCAGAAACAUCUUCAGUAUCUUCUGUCCUUCUGACUUCUGAAACAUCUGUGGCAAAUAGUUUGCCUCUUCCAUCAGAAACAUCUCCCAUUUCAAAUUCCCCAAGCAACGAAAGACUUAUUUUGCAACAAAGGAAAUCACCAUGUCUGUCAGAAGAGUCACUCCCUACCUUAAAAGAAGAAAGCUGUACCAUUCCUAAGGUGGUUCAAGAAGAGAAUCUUGUUGUUCAACCAAAGCAACUUCAGAGUGUACCUGAAAAUUUGAAAGUGGGUCCACUAACAAUUAUACCUGAUACUUCAGCACUGGAAGAGCCCCAAAACAAAAACCUUUGUCAUCAGCCAUGUAAGUCACAUUCUGAAAUUGAGAAAUCCCACAUUGCUUCCAUCCCAGAACACUCCUCCCCUCCAGAGGUGAUCAAAAUUAAAAAUCACAGUAUUCAGCAACGAAGUGACAAGAAGGGGACUCUCUUGCCUUCAGAGGUAGCUGUUUUACCAGAAGGAUCAACAGGCAAAAAUAUUGAACUGUUUCCAUCAAAGCAACAUGAAAAGCUAUAUACCUCAUCUCUAGAUAAAUCUUCAUUCUCUGAAGUGUGCAGAAGUAAGUCUCAUAAGCUAACAGGCGGUACGCAAAGCCGCCUAGAGAGUUCACAUUCCUCCAAAUCAUUAGAAACCACAAAAUCACCUGAAGUGAGGAAUGAAAGCAGAGACCCAGAGAUCCCAAAGAGGAAAACAGCAGAACAGCACAGUUUUGGAAUCUGCAAAGAGAAGAGAGCUAGGAUAGAUGAUGAUCAGCCUAAUCGUAGUGCUUCAUCAACAAGUCCAUCUGAUAAAGAUCAGCCACUCAGAGAAGAACCCCGAGUUCCACCCCUUAAGAUUCAACUUUCAAAAAUUGGACCACCUUUUAUCAUCAAGAGCCAACCUGUUUCAAAACCAGAACCUCGAGUUUCCCCAAGUACAUCGGUCAGCAGUGGAAGGAACACUGGGGCUAGAACUCUUGCAGAUAUCAAAGCAAGAGCUCAGCAAGCACGAGCCCAAAGAGAAGCAGCAGCUGCAGCAGCUGUGGCCGCAGCUGCAAGCAUUGUCUCUGGAGCAAUGGGGACUCCAUGCGAAGGUGGGAAGACAAGAACGCUGGCACACAUCAAGGAACAAACAAAGGCCAAGCUAUUUGCAAAGCAUCAAGCCAGAGCUCAUUUACUCCAGACUAAUAAAGAAUCGAAGUCACAGUUCAACUCAAAGGAAAGUACCUCAUCUCUAGAAGUAUCAGCGUCUACUGAUACAAAGAUUGAAGGUUCUACCGGUGUCAUUAUAGUUAAUCCUAACUGCAGGUCCCCUAGCAACAAAUCUGCUCAUCACCGUGAGACUACCACUUUAUUACAGCAGUCACUUAACACAGCUACAUUACCAGAAACUGCUAUUGAGAUACCGGUGCACAGUUCUGAUGAGAAUAUACCUAUGCCACAAUUGUGUGAGAAAAUUAUUUCAUCUACCUCUACUGAAAGUAACAGUGUGAACAGUGUGCCAGUGCUUUAUAAUAAAAGUUCAGUCUCUGUGUCUGUUUGCAGCACUGCUAUGUCUGGAGCAAUUAAAGAACUUUCUUUUGCAAGUUCUGUUGAUAAAUCCUCUGUUUUAAUGUCUGUUGACAGUGUGAACACAGCAGUUUCAGCUUGUAAUAUAAAAAUGCUGAAAUCCAUCCAAGGGGCUGAUACUCCAUGCAUAGCCGUUGGACCAAAAUGUAUUGAUAACAGUAAUGUACCGGUCUCCAUAGACAGUACAGUUUUAUCAAAUGCCGUCGAUGACAAAAGGUUGCCAAUACCAAGUAGCAAUGCAAAUAAUGCAGUCUCCGGUCAUUAUGCCGCUGUGCCAGCUUCAUCCAUUGCAAAUAACUUGCCAAAUCAUCUCUCUGGUAGUUCUGUGUUGAUUCCCCCAGUGGGGACUACCACCAGAUUUUCUUCUGAUAAGAUAGCCAUAACAGGGUGUAACGAGCAAAGCGCUGUUUCCAUCCACACUACCGUCAGGUCAGCUUUAAGUUGCGGUGAGGCUGUUGCAGUAGCAGAUUCUAUCUCAAGGCCACCCAUUUCAAUGUUUACUGGUAACAUGGUGACAAUAAGCUCCUACGAUAAUGCUACUAAAUUAAAUGCUGAUCUCUUAGACAAAAGUUCUGGAGCACGAAACCGAAUGGAUCUCUCGGGUAAAUCUCAGCCAGUGAGCUAUACACAAACUGCCAUGAAUAGAUCUAUACCUUGCAAAGUCAUUGUUGACCACACUACAAAUUUGAAUUCCAGUCUGUCGCUUUCUUCUUCAAUUGAAAAUGCAGAGAACAGCACUGACCUGCAGAGCAGACCUGUGCGGACAGAAGCUGCCUUACAAAGUAUAGCCUGUUCUCAGGUGUCUGUAAUAAGCAGGCCUGAAGUAGUCUCUAAUGAAAGCCUUGAGCACAGUUCCAGCUUUAUCAACGUUACAGCAAAGCAAGACAGCAAGAACUUGCAGGCAGGUUGUUCAAGUCUUCGAGAAGUGCCACUUGCUCCCCAGGAUAAAUUAAUUGAGGUGGUUACUCCCAGCCAAGGUUUUUCUGAGCAGUUAAGAGGUCCUUCAGCAUUUAAAAAUGAAGCAGAUGCUGCCUGUGUCAGUCAGUAUAGCACUAACAAUAGAAUUUGUUGGCAUGAUGAAGAGGCAAUGAGCACAGACCAGCCGGUGGUCAGCCAUCUUAAUGCCAGUAAGCAUAAGGAAUAUGCAGAACAAAACUGCUUAAAAAGUGUCAAAACCGAACCUUCCGGUUAUACGCAAAUGUCAGAGCUGCAAUCCAGGAAUCUUUUGACAAGCCUUGCUGUUCCUGUUAAAUCUGAAACUAACGAGUCUGACAAGUGCUUCAGGAUGGACACAGAGGAUUUCACAGGCCCUGAAAUGGCCGCCCAACCCACAAAAAUAGCCCCAAGCGCUCAGCCAGCACAGGCCGCCAAGGCACCCAUUGCGGAUUCCAUGGAUGACUCCCUGUCCCUGACAACAGAAACCCUCAAAAGAGUUACAAGUGCUGGGAGCUCAAGCUGUCGCCUCUCAUCAGUGGAGGCCAACAAUCCUUUAGUGACACAAUUACUGCAAGGCAAUCUGCCUUUAGAGAAAGUGCUGCCGCAGCCCAGAUCAGGAGCCAAACUAGAAAUUAGCAGGCUUCCCUUGCCUUUGCAAACUACCUCAGUAUGUAAAACAGCGGUGUCCGAGAGAAAUAUUGGUGACCAUCCUUCCAGUUCUCCUAACCCAGAUGGUAAAGGAUUUACAGCAGGCAGCAUAGCCCCGCUACAAAUCAGAAAGCGUGAAAACCAUCCAAAAAAGAGGAUGGCCAGGACUAUAGGAGAACAUGCUCAAAUUAAAUGCGAGCCUGGGAAGGUGUCAAUGGACAGCGAUGUUAAAGCAACUCCUUGUGUAAUUAGUUCCAGCAUGAACCAGCUAGGGCAUGGGCAGCCAUUUAAACAAGAGUGGCUGAACAAACAUGCAGUUCAGAGCCGCAUCGCUCACAGCCCAGAGAUCAAGCAGCAGAAGAGGCCAUUGCCUUCAUGCAGUUUCCAGCAGAGCUUAUUUCACAUUGAUAAAAACGGCAGCUUUCAUGCAGAAGCUAGUACCUCACAUAGACAGCAUUUUUACCAAAUGUCCAUGGCUGCGAGAGGCCCGAUUCCCACGGCAUCUUUGUUGCAAGCUACAUCAAAAGGCCCACCUGGCUGCAAUGCAUUUGCUUUUAGCAGACACCUGGAACAGAAGAGCUUGGGAGAUGGGAAUAUUUCUACAGCAGCUCACCAGCUGAGGCUAGGAAGUGUCUUUUCCCCUAGUAUUCAGAUUAAGGAAGGUGAUGACAUUGCCAGUGCCUCUCAGACGCUCCAGAGUAAAACCUUAGUGCAUCCUCCCCCUCCACCCCCACCCCUGCCCCCACUUCCCCCUUCUCACCCAAAUGUAGAUGUCCCCUCUGAUCAAAAACAACCGACAGUUACUAUGGAAACCACAAAAAGACUUAGUUGGCCUCAGCCAGCAAGCAUCUGUAGCAAUAUAAAAUCUGAACCUGUUUCUUUUGAGGAAGGUUUAAGCAGCAGCUGUGAACUGGGCAUGAAACAAGCUUCCUAUGAUCAGAACGAAGUGAAAGAACAGUUAAAAACAUUUGCAUUAAAGAAUGCAGAUUUCUCUUCCUAUUUACUCACUGAGCCACAGAAGCCUUUUACCCAACUUGCUGCUCCAAAAAUACAGACGCAGCACCCGCAGCCACAGCAGCAGCAGCAGCAGCAGCAGCAGCAGCAGCAGCAGCAGCAGCAGCUCUGUGGAAGUUAUCCAACAAUACACUUCGGUAGCACAAGCUUCAAAAGGGCAGCAUCUGCAAUUGAGAAAUCGAUUGGGAUGUUAGGAAGUGGCUCGAACGCUGCCACGGGCCUGUCUAACCAGAACGUGCAGAUGCCGGUUCAGAAAUUUUCUGACAGUAGCAAUGCCGAUGAACUGGAACUGAAAUGCUCUUGCAGGCUGAAAGCCAUGAUCGUGUGCAAAGGCUGUGGCGCCUUCUGUCAUGAUGACUGCAUAGGGCCUUCCAAACUGUGUGUAGCUUGCCUGGUUGUACGGUAGAGACUGGGUCAAAGAUGCAGUAUCCCUUGUCAACGCGGGAGAAUAAGGCAGAGGAAUGGAGGGAUGGAACAGUUUAGGCCAUUAACAGUUUGCAAUUAGUUGUUUGGCUGUUUAUUUUUGUUAUUUUUUUUCCCCCUCUUGGUGCUUUCAGAAUUCAAUUAUUCUGGCCUAAGUGCCAUUUGCAGGAAAGAAGAGGAAACCUGUAGGACUAGUUUAAAAAAAACUGAGAGCUUUGCCACCAAAGCUUCUAUGAGCAUUCAUGCUGUUAUAAAAAGAUUUAAAAAAAAAAAAAAAAAAAGGCAUUAUUGCAUGGCAUUCCUAGCUCCUAUUUAUUUGCACAAAGUGCAGCACAUUUUCCCCCACUUUUUUGAUUGUUGAUAGAAGCUACCGGUUAAAGAUCAGUGGAAAAUUAACUCUACGAGAAAUUGAGUACUAUGCAGAACUGCACACUGCAUGCCAGCUGCCCAUCAUGUGGGCAGGGUGUGCACAUUGGUCAUGGUAGCCUCUCAGUUACUUUGCAGUUUUUCUGCUAAUUGAAUUGUUUUUUUAAAACUUGUACUGUCUAGACCUAAAAUAUAGUCACCUCACUUAGCAAAAAAUGAGGAAUUUAGAUCGUUAGAAGAGUUUCCUCAUGUGCCUGCUGGAGAUUAUGGAACUGAAAUCUUACUUAUCAUCUCUUCUCCUUGAUUCCUUGAGAAAGACUCGUAUUAGUGAUGGGUUAGUGAGACCAGCACUGGAAUCACAUUGCCUUCAGUAGAGUCUUGAGAAAGUAACUUUUCUACUGGGGAUUAGAAGCCUCUUUUCCUGUUUCCUCAAAUAUUCUUUGUAUUUGUCUCUCUAAUCUGUCCACUUGGUUCGUCAGCACCAAAUGUAUAUAGGGUCAGACGUAUGUAAUAGGUUCUGGAUAUUUUAGCCGUCCUGUGGUCUAAAAUCAAUGCAUUUUUAUGAUGAAUUAAUAAGGAAAUAUUCUAAUUGUGUAUUAAUUGAAUACUAGAUUAUCUGUUAUUUUUCCUUUUAUGUGAGUUACUCAAAAUAACAUCUGAAUUUUGUCACUUAAAAUCAUUCUUAAGCACUACUUUUUCUUUUUUUUUUUUUUCCCCUGAAAGAAAUGUGGACCUCUUACUCUACAUUUUAGAAAUUUGAAAGCGAAAAGGCAUUUUUUAAAGGGAUACUGCAUCUUUAAAGUGAUCUUCAGUAUUUAUCCAGUACUGUAUUUAAAUUUAGGACUAUAGUUGCAUUCCAUAUGUGUGAGCCACCAUUACAGCAGAUAAGAGAAACAAUAAUUUGGGGGCCCUAUACACCUAAAAGGAAAAUAUUAUAAAGGGAUAAAGCACGUGCAGUUGCUGGGGAGAUGAAAAUUCCUGGUUUUUUUUCACUCCCACUUCAAGAACACAGAAUGUAGAGUGCAAAUCAUCCAUCUGUUAAUACAUGAUUGGGUCUGCCCAAAUGUGAGCAUCAGAGAGAAAUGUUAUUUUUACCAUUACAGUAGCACCUCAUUAAUCCAAAGGCCUUCCAAUCUGCUCAAGAAAACUGGUUUUCUUUUCACAGUUCUCAGAGCAAUGUAAUAAGAGUGUAAUAAGUGUGCAUCAGGUGUAAUACUGUUUAGAUCUCAGCAUUACUUAAGUAUAUAAUGCUGCAGUUACUGUGGCAUUCUGAAAUAUUGUGAAUUAAUGUGAAUGAAUUUAGGAAAUUAAUGAUUUUAGGAAACAGCAUACUACAUUUUACACAGUACUUUUUAAAUUCAAUCUGUGUUUACACACUUACUAGUAAGAUGUAACGGGUCUCCGUGACGCUGGUAUUAGUGAGGUCCUACUGAAUGGAGGAAUCACAUUUAUUUCCUUGUGGGACCAUUUUUGCAAACAUGAUAAAUGCCGUUUGUUGUCUUAACAUUGAGCUGGAAUAUCUACAACAUACAUUCCUGUCAUAGGAAGCUCUAUGGUGCACCUUGAUGUUCUCUUUUAUUGUAAUUAGCAACAUAUCAAUAUUAUUUUUGACACUGUGUGAUACAAAGGCCAUUUAUAAUUACACUAACAAAUUUGUUGCUGAUACAAUAAUAUAUUUUUUCUAUACAAAAGUGCUCCUUAAUAUGAAAUGAGAGUUAAGAAACGGCUUCUCAGCACUUUCACGUCUCCUCGUAAGACAAUAUGCCAGCCAAGCAAAAACCUAGAAGUAAUCUGUGAAAAUUUGCACUCAGUGGUAUGCUGCUGGAAAAAUAGCGACUGGAAAAUACUCAUGAGUAAGCAUGAGUGUAGUCAGUUCAUGCAUAUCAAGUUCAUAUUUGAGGAGCCUUUGUAUUGGAAUUGUAUUGCAUUGUAUUUAUACUUGGUAUAGGUAGGAUGCUUCUAUUUAAAAUGAAGAGAGCGACCAGUCUUAGACUUCUUAUAACCUGUGUUUAUAUUAGCCUGCUGGGAAUCCUUAUUUCUAGCUCAGGUUUUCCUGUCCACAGCACAUAAGUCAAUAUUUGUUUGUACUUGCAUCUUGAAAUACUUCUUGUAUUGACUAACAUCAUACAGAAAUAAAUUCCAGCCACAAGAAUAGUUUUACUUUGUUCAAAGGAUAAGAGUGUGACUAAUGUGGUAGGUAACUCAUUCAUGUCAGAUUGACAUAUUUGUAUCAGGAUUGCAACUUGCAUGUGUGAGGUCAUGAUAAAAUGUUAUUUAAAGUGGCAUUAGACUAAAUGGUGCUAUGUUGUAUUACACCACUGACCAAACUCUUCCAUAGUGCAGUUCCAUUUCUUUCAUUCACCAGUCACUGAAAUUGCACCAGGAAUAAAUUUGACCAAUUAGUUAACAACAGUUGUGAAGUGUUGUUACAGAAAAUAGUUUUAGGUUAUUGAAAUAUUCAAAAGCAACUGCAGUGAUAUGGGAACCCACUUAGUAGGACUGAAAAUCUUUCUUGCAUUCUCAUAUCACACAAAUGCUUGGGGGAAGAGUGACCUAUGGUCCUAAAGCAGAACACAAUCACCUUUAGAAGUUAAUUUUGAAUGACUCCUUUUCUUUUGGGCUUCACGCCCAAUGUCAUUCUGUUUUCUUAUGACUGUGCAGUUUGCACCAUUGGGUGUUAAUAGUUUAUGCACUGAAAAGUGGUGAAAGAAUUGCUUGAGAACACACUGCUCUGUGUCUGUGUGUACGUACGUGUUCCAAUGUCCAGCACAUAUUAUUUACUUCUUUUUUUUUUUUGUAAAUCUCCAAAUUUGUUGCCCUCUCCUAACUCCCACUCCUACCCCUGAAGCAGCACUUUUGGGUGAAAGGGAGAAACACUCCUUUUUUCUUUCCUCCCUCUUUGUUUUUGUUAAUUGCAUACCUGCGACUUAUGCAGAUAACAUUAGGGCAUUUGCAGUGUGUGUAUUUGCGUGUUCCUGUUCUGAACUAGUUUUCCAAGCAGAAAUUCCCUUUGAAAUAACAUAAAAAAGAAAAAAAAGAAAAAAAAAAAAGAGAAAAAAAAAGGAAAUGGUAAACUGGAUGCUCCCUGUUUGCGUUUUAUUUACCUGCUGAGGUCUAGUACAUGAAACAAUGUUUAAAAGACAAAAAUCAAGGUUGAGCCAUAAAGCAAAAGGUGUAUUCUCUGUACUAUAGACUUUCUUAUUGAGGGCGGUGCAUGUUGUCAGGGUAAGCUAUGGAACGUGCAGAUGGUUUUUCAGGGCCCUGCAAUUCCUUGCCCGGCUUUUAAGCUGGUGCAUAUGGUGCUUUAUAAUGCAAUUUCUGAAGUAAAAUUACCUUAUGCUGCACCCCCUUCCCCUUAUGAACACACGCACAAUUUCAGAAUAGUUAUUGUAGCCUCUGGUUGAGCAGUUUCUCCAAGGUGUGGUGAAGUACCGGGAUAAGCACGAGCUGAGAAAUGCCACCAAAAGGGAUCGUUGUAGCUGCCGCAUGUGAGGGGCCCUGCUCUGAGCACUGAAUGACUUCCCCAGCCUCCUGGCACAGCACGGCCGGGUGUCCUCUGGGCUCUGCGGGACAUUCGGUGGCUCUGUCAUGGACCCAAGUAGCCAAGUGUUUCCAAGUCUAUGAAAUCCUGUUGUCUUCGGUCAUCAUGCUUUGUCACUGUAAAACCAACAGCAACAAAAAGCGUUUUUUUAGUCUAAUUUAAGGAGCUGCUUCUUUUAUAGCACAUAAUAUUUCGCUUUGUACUAUAUUUGAUAGUUAAAGAAUAAUUUAGUCAGUAGAAUAACUUUGUUGUAUUUGUACUGUUCAUGAAUGUUACAAGAAAAGUGCUUUACUUUGUUGCCAUCAUUCUCUUGUACUGCUGUAAAAUAUUUUUUCUGCUUUAUGGAAACUUAACACAAUCCACAUUUUCAGUACAGGGUUUUUUGUAUGUAUGUUUUUUGUUGGCUUUUUUUUUCUGUUUUUUUUUUUUUUUUGUCAGUAUUCUGAAUGUUUACAUCUGUUUGACAUUAGCCAUUCUAUGCCUUCAUAGGGCAGUAUUACUCCUACAGUAUAACAGCAAUGUGAAAUCCACUCAUACUCCACAUGCAUGAGAAAUACAGGUUAAGUAGGGAGAUCCCUACCGUGCGCCAUGCGUAGAUAUUUUUCUAUCCACAUUCAGUGAUGUAAAUACACUCCUUCAGUCCUCUACCAAAGAAAAUAUUAUUCCCAUGGGACAAGGUUGGAAAACGGUUCUCUGAAUCUUCCGAAGGAGGUGUAGUUGAAUUCAGCAGGAUUGCUACAGUUCAAUGCUGUUAUGCGUCGCUGUGUUACCCAGCCCAACCCAGCUGGGGGAAACAAGCAUCUUGGCAGUUUUUUUGUUUCAAGACAGUGUUUUGUUUAGAAUUCAGGGAUCGUGCUUUCUUUAAUGGUGCUGGUUUUGUUUUUUGUUUUGUUUUGUUUUUUUUAAGAAAACAUUUUGUUGCCUCCAAAAGUGACCGCUCACAAAACCAUAAAUUAAAUAAAAUAAUUUGUCUUCGUACCUUCUCUCUUCUCCCUUUCCUUUUCCCCUUUUCUGUCCCUUGAAAAUAACAACUUGAGCUUCAAUAUUAAGCUAU